CAGGAUUCCUCCAGUUGGAUUACCCCUAUUCUCCCUUCCUGCAGCGGCGGCUGCGAGAGCCAAUGAUCGCUUUCUCAUCGAAUCCCACUUGCUUAAUUUCUUCGAUGACAGACUCGGCGACCUAUGAAGGCGAUGCAGGUGGCGAACAGUUGCGGUCGGUAAAGGAGCCCUCCCCAAAUUAUGUUCCAUCGGCGAAGGAGCAAAGGCAAGCAGCAAGCGAUCCAAAUUCGGGUGGAGGCAUGCGCCACCCGGUGUACCGUGGAAUUAGGAAGCGGCGGUGGGGGAGGUGGGUGUCGGAGAUAAGAGAGCCGAGAAAGAAGUCGAGAAUAUGGUUGGGCUCCUUCCCGACACCGGAGAUGGCGGCCCGGGCUUACGAUGUGGCCGCCCAGUGCCUCAAGGGCCACAAGGCCCUUCUCAACUUCCCCGACCAAGCCCACCUCCUCCCCCAACCCUCCACCUCCAGCCCAAAGGAUAUCCAGGCUGCUGCCAUCGCUGCCGCCAGGCUUGACCUCUUGCCUUCCACCUCGGCUUCGACUUCGACUUUAGAGGAGGAGGAGGAGGAGGUCGUGAUGGCAAAAUCGCCUCGACGAGGAAAGAACGAGGAGGAGGAUUUUUGGGCCAGCGUCGAGUUAUCAGCGCUGAAGAGCACCGCAAAGUCCUCUGCAACAAUCGGGGAGACGUGGCCCUGGAAUCUGUGGGGUUGUUCUAGCGAUGCUGCAUCGUUGGAUGGGCAAUCUGUAUCGUUAUUCUAGGAGAUGGUCAUAUAUAUAAAUAUAUACACACACUUGUAAUUAUAUCAAGAAAAGGGAUGAUAGACCCUAUAUGAGAUGAGAAUGCCUAGAAAACAAGAUAGAUGCAUUUCUAGUUCAA